AUGGAGGGACGAAAGACGAGGAAUCUGUGCGAGCACGGGCGGCUCCGAUCGCAAUGCAAGGACUGCGGGGGAGGGGGCAUAUGCGAGCACGGGCGGCUCCGAUCGCAAUGCAAGGACUGCGGGGGAGGGGGCAUAUGCGAGCACGGGCGGCUCCGAUCGCAAUGCAAGGACUGCGGGGGAGGGGGCAUAUGCGAGCACGGGCGGCGGCGCUCGCAAUGCAAGGACUGCGGGGGAAGGAGCAUAUGCGAGCACGGGAGGCAGCGAUCGGGAUGCAAGGACUGCGGGGGAGGGGGCAUAUGCGAGCACGGGCGGCGGCGAUCGCAAUGCAAGGACUGCGGGGGAGGGAGCAUAUGCGAGCACGGGCGGCAGCGAUUGCAAUGCAAGGACUGCGGGGGAGGGAGCAUAUGCGAGCACGGGCGGCAGCGAUCGGGAUGCAAGGACUGCGGGGGAAGGAGCAUAUGCGAGCACGGGCGGCGGCGAUCGCAAUGCAAGGACUCGUGA